CUCGCUCUGCACUGCUCGCCCCUUCUGCCUCCCCAAACAACACCGCUCCCCACCUCACCAAGCGUGCUGCUGCUGCUGCGGUGGUUUGGCUUCUUCUUCCUCUUCCCCUUCUCGCUUUGCCUGCUCGGUUGCUUGGUGUGGCUGAGCUGAGCUGAGCUGAGAGCACGGGCUGGGCUUGCUUGCGCUUCGUCACCUGGAGUGUCACUGUCUGUCUCUGCCUUUCUUUUUUCCUCUCUGUUUUGUGUCCUUGCUCUCCUUUGGCCUUUUGCUUUCCCAACCUCUUCCCGGCCUCAAUAACGAUGGAGACCCUGCGGCGGGUUCGUUCCUGAAGGCAUCUCCUCCCGUCUCGUCGCCGCCGGAAUCCAAAUCCACCUGCAGUUUUUUCCUCUCUGAUCUUCUCUUGUUCCCGGAGUAAUUUCCGUUCAAGAUUGUUUGCGGCUCUAGCUUUCCCCUCUGUUGUAUUCAGGUGGUGCUGUUGUCGAGCGCUUGAGGGAAGUUCCUUACCCGCCACUAGCUUCUCAGGGCUGGCUCGGUUGUGUCCACCUAGUCCUCGUUCUUUCUGGGGAUUGGUUCAGUUGGGGGUUUCUGUCUUUAGGGCUAGGUAGGAGGUGCUUCCAUUGUACUAGUUGCUCUGAAUUGGGAGAGGUUGGGAUGCUUUUGGCCGACAUGAUGAUGGAGGCCAGGAAGGCGUUGAUGGAGAGGGAGAGGGACCAGUUCCCCGUCGGCAUGCGGGUCCUCGCCGUCGACGAUGACCCCGUGUGCCUCAAGGUUCUGGAGGUCCUCCUACGCCGCUGCCAGUAUCAUGUAACAACAACCAACCAAGCUGCUACUGCACUGAGGCUGUUAAGGGAGAACAAGGACAUGUUUGAUCUGGUGAUCAGUGACGUCCACAUGCCCGACAUGGACGGCUUCAAGCUCCUCGAGCUCGUCGGGCUCGAAAUGGACCUCCCCGUCAUCAUGUUAUCGGUGAACGGAGAGACUAAAUCUGUGCUCAAGGGGAUAACUCAUGGUGCCUGUGACUAUCUCCUAAAACCCGUUCGCAUCGAAGAGCUCCGGAACGUGUGGCAGCACGUUGUGAGGAGAAAAUUCUGCAACCGUGAGCCGAACAAUCUUGAUUUCUGCAAGGACUCAUACCACCGGCUCGGCCAGGCGAUCUGUGACAGCCACAGGUCGUCUGACCAGAGCAACAGGGCCAGGAGGAAGAGGAAGGAACUGCACAGCGAGGAGGAAGACGAAGGCGAGGACAACGACGACGCCGCGGCGUCGAAGAAGCCGAGGGUGGUGUGGUCAGUGGAGCUGCACCGGAAGUUCGUCGCUGCCGUCAACCAGCUCGGGAUCGACAAGGCUGUACCUAAAAGAAUACUCGAGCUUAUGAACGUGGAGAAGCUCACCAGGGAAAAUGUUGCGAGUCAUCUGCAGAAGUACAGGCUAUACCUCAGACGGCUAAGUGCUGUGGCAUCACAACAAGCCAGCAUUGCUGCUGCCUUUGGAGGCAGAGACCCCUUUCUGCACAUGGGAGCAUUUGAAGGACUUCAUAGUUAUCAUCAACCUUUUGCCCCUUCUUCUGGUCUUCCAUCUUUCAAUCCACAUGGACUGCUGAGUGGUGCUGGUGCAGCAGCAUUUGGGCUUCAGGACUUUGUUCCUUCCAAGGCAAUUCAGUGUGAUAGCAGUAAUGGUGCAAUAAGUCAUUGCGCCGGCGAUACAAUCAAAUUUAACAUUGUGAGCUCACAAGACAAUCAACAGGCAGAUCUAACGCAAGGCUUGACCGCAUCGUCGUCACUUGGGCAGAGGUGGAUCCAUCAAGAAACCAAUGAUCUGUGCUCUGUCUUUUCCAGGGGUGCUCUGGCCAGCACUAUGUCUAGCACAUUCCAGAGAAUUACAAGCAGUUCACUACCACCAGAAGAUCUUUUGGAGUGCACUCCACAUAUCAAAGUUGGAGCCCAUCCAUCUAUAGGAAUACAAACUGCAAGUUCAGGGCUGCUUGAAAGGUCUCAGCAGGGUGCUCUUCCAAUUGGUGAUGGAUUUUCUAUUGACAAGUUACCGUUGCACGUCUCGUUCGAUGGCGCUGUCGCGACAAAACCGGAUGCUAGCUUUGCCGCUGAAGAACAAGACAUGGACCAAAAGGGGAUAUUUUCAGAAAGAAUGACUGUUGGUGUUUGCCCUUCUGAGAGCCUCAUAGCAGCCAACAAUGCCAGAUGUGGAGCCAGUUCUUCUGGUAGUACACUGCUGCUCCCUCAUGAUAUGGAGCGACAUUCGAAAUACUUGCAGUUUGGAGUUGCAAGCAACUCUAGACAUAGAAUGGAUGGAAUGAGACAAGACCAAAGACUGAACAGUGGAGGUUUUAGCUAUGAUGGUGGUGCCAUUGUGCCUGAACAUCAACAGACCGAUAUGGACGAUUUGGGAACUUCGAAGCUGCAGGGUGGGUCAAUUCUAGCAGCUGCAACUUUGAUGGCCUUCUCAAUUCCAUAAUAAAAGUGGAGAACCCGCAUGUCAUGACGAUACUCCCCCUCUAGCUACCUCUUUCCCAGUCCUGCAGGCCUGGAGCAAGCGAUAUCCGACCAGCAAAGAGAGCCUAGCCUACAGGGGAUGCCUCAGGAGGAUAGAUGAUCGCCUUCGGAUCCAACGACCAGACCAUAUAUCUGAACGGAGCCGUCGUGCCUAGGGUUAAGGCCCGCGGAAGAAAGGAGCAGCUCCACGAUCACCACCGGCGAAAGAGACGAUCGCCACCGGAAGGAUGGCGCCACCCACGUCACGGGCGUUCACCACUGUCGACCUCUUUGGCUCCGCCGUCGAGAAGAUCUCCGAGGUGUGGGUGCUGGUGAGCGGCGCCCGGGCUGAGCUCCAGGAGGAGACUGUCCUGUACAAGCGUCCGCUUUUUUUUUUUCUGAGACAAGUUUUUUUUAGGCUUUUUUUUGAGACAAGUACAAGCGUCCACGUGAGCAUGUCUGACUGUCUAAGGCUGGUUUGAGAAGUG